GUUGAUUUAAACAAAGCUGACUCAAAGUGGCCCAUUACUAAUUGUACAAGAAAAAUCCAAGAACAUUGAGCUAAAAACCCAAUCAGAAUGUUUCAAUUAUCCGGUCCCAUAUGUCAAAAGCUCAGUGCAUGAAUCGGCCCACCUGGCGUCUCCAUUUUUCUGCAAAUGUGAUUUGAUUCCAAUCAGAGUUCCAGCUCUUCUUUCAUAACCUUCGUUUCCGAUUCUGCAUUGCUAAUUUCUGCUCAUAAUUGAAGGGAUUAGUCAAGCUUUUUGAAUCAUGGGUUCCAAGAAAAUCCGAUCGGAGACCAACAAGAUAAUGGCCACAAAUCUUUUUGUGGCCUGAAUUUAUCAUCUCCAAUGUGUAUUAGUGUCCAUAGUUGUGUGGGUUGUGAACCAAUUUUUGCAAGCAGAAGCAACAAAGAGAUGCUGAGAAAAUUGAUGUUAGCUUGCGGCAAAGUGUACAUAUCAGAGAGCAGAAACAGGGCCGCACUUGAAGCCAUUGAAAAAGCAGCAAAAUUGUUCCCUGAAGCUCCAAUUAUCAACAAAUUUGAAGAUGAGAUUUACAACAGAGUUGGGUACACUCUUGUUUCGAAAUUGGGUUCGAAUCCACCAUCUUUGAGUCCUUUAAAAGGGGCCAUCUUUGCAAUGGUUGAAGCUGCGCUUGAAACCAUUGAUUUUGGGGCACAUUCUGGAACCCAUCCACGGCUUGGUGUUGUUGAUCAUAUCUGCUUGCAUCCCUUGGGUGAUGCUUCUUUGGAACAUGUGGCUGGCACUGCAACGUCUUUGGCAUCUUCCUUUGGUUCAAAUCUUCAAGUUCCCACAUUUUUAUACGGAGCAGCAAGUAAGGAAGGAAAAUCUCUUGAUUCAAUCAGGAGGGACCUGGGAUAUUUUAGACCCAACUCCAGUGGGAAUCAGUGGGUUGGAGGGCUCAAAACAGAUGUUUUGCCACUGAAACCAGAUGAAGGUCCUGCUGUAGCAGUUGAAGCAAAAGGCGUUAUUGUGAUCGGAGCAACUAGAUGGAUUGACAACUACAAUGUUCCAGUCUUCUCAAAUGACAUUGUUGCUGUUCGUAGAAUUGCAAAGAGGUUGAGCGGUAGAGGAGGUGGACUCACUUCAGUGCAGUCUAUGGCGCUAGUCCAUGGUGAUGGUGUCAUUGAGGUGGCUUGCAACUUACUAGAACCGAAUAAAAUUAGUGGCAGCCAUGUGCAGCUUGAAGUUGAAAAGCUCGCACAGGAAGAAAAAUUGGAAGUAGGGAAGGGUUAUUAUACUGAUAUUUCGCAGCAAAAAAUAAUUGACAGUUACAUAAAGCGCAGCCAAUGCGUGGACUAGGCUUGUGAACUUACAACUUCCUGUAAACACCUGUAUUCUUUUUCUUUAAAGAGGUAUCACUUCUAGUCAUCCAAGUUUUUCCUUGGUGAUUUACACAAAAUUUGGAUGGUUUUCAUCCAUUUUCAUCCGCACUCAUUUCGUCGUCUAAUCUAGGUUGACAGGGAAGGUUUAUGUUCUGGCAUUGCCAUUCAUAACAUGACCUUGUUAGUUGUUACAUUUCAAGGACAUGUUUUAGGGUUGAAUGAAUAUAACAUGCAAAAUUUGUAGAUGGCCUAUAGAUUUCUUCUUUUGCGUAUCUUUCAUAUAAACUAGCAGCUUUCCGAUGAGCGGUUUCUUUUGGUACCUUAGAUAAACAGAUUGGACUGACUCCUCCCGUCGAGAUUGAUGUGCAUAUGGGAUUGGGUUCGAUACACUAUCGGUUUUGAACGUUUUAAUUGUUUCCGAUGAGAUUAAGUUUCGGGCACAUGGUUAACUCCUUACCUAAAGAAUGAUUUAUAACAUAAUCACAACAUAAGACACAAAACUAUGAAACCAAACCAAUGGAUU